AUGGUCGUCGACGUACGUAAAUUAAGUAUUGGCUCGGGUCCAGCACGACCUGCUCAUCAGCAUGGACAUUUUUGUGUUCGUGCAUUUCACCGUCUGAUUUCUUAUCCGAGUUAUUCAUUGUUUAUAUUAUUUUUAAUAUAUUUACAAAUUAUGGAUAUCAUCCUUUACUUUAAAAUUCGUACAAGAGAUCCACUCGAUUUCAACUCAUCAAAUCAAACAAAUACUCAAAGCGCCAUUCAUUCAGUUUAUAUAUUCAAUCCAUUGCCAAUAAAAAAGAUUAUGGUUGAACCAAUUAUCCAUUAUGUUCGUUCGCCCUUAGCUGAAAGCGUUGAAACAAAAUUACAUUUUACAUACUAUUUUCCAUUUAUAUCAGCAAAUGCUGUAUCAUUUUUUCAUUGUUUUUUGUCAGUUGUAUCAAUGAAGUUCGUUGCAAGUGAAUCAUUUUCUCGACGUCAAUUAGGUGUACUGAUUUUCCAAUUUCGUACCUUUCUUGAUUGUCUUGAUGGUGUGGUUUUUCGUGCACAUUCAAAUAAUAAACGUUAUAAAUCUUACUAUGGCGAUUUUGGCUAUUAUGUUGAUGCACUCAGUGACAUACUAGGUGGUACAUGUCUUAUUAUUGGUUGUUUACUUUAUUUUUAUAAGGAACGUCCGUUUCGUUCAAAAUCGACAGCGACAAUAAAUUCGAGCGUAUCACCAGGUUCAUCAGCAAGUGAUGGAAGUAGGGAAGAUAACGAUUUAAUGAUAUUAAAUCUUGAAGAUGAUCAAUCAUGCUCACAUGCUGCUUCAUCGCCGAGAAAAAAUGAUCUAAGUUCAAAUUUACUUGAAACAAAAAGAACUAUAUUUAUAACAUUGUUAGUAUUUUCAUUACGUUAUUCGAUAUCUGCAUUUUUUUGGGAUCGAUAUGUUCGUCUCUAUGAACAGUUACUUGAUUCGCAAACAGACACAUUACAACAAAAGACUUUACAAUUAAGUAUUUUACAUUCACCGUUGACGAUAGUGAUAUUUUACUUAUGGAGAUAUCAAUGUGCACUUAGUCUUCAAGAUUAUUUGUUAUUUUCAAUUUUCAUUGAUCGCACAUGGGAAUUUAUACUUAAAACGAGUACGAUCGGUUGGUUUGCUUUAAUGUUAACAGCAUUUUUGACAGAAUUACAUGUUAAUCAAGUGCAAUCUCUAUUUGCUGCUCUUACUAUCGGUUAA